GGUUCGAGUGUGAAUGUUCCCGCCUCUCGAGGACAUACGGUAGAGUUCGGCACACGUGAUUCGGUACUGAAUGAUCCAGUAUGGCGGAAUUUAUCACCGAGUUACGGCGGAAUUCACGCUAACGGAGAUUCGCUGUCAGACACUUUUGUGGAGGAAGUGUACUUGACUGAAACUACACCUAGGAGAACGUCACCCGCUCUGAACAUCAUGACAUCACAAUCAAGUCAAUCAGACUCUCAGAUGGAGCAGACCGUGGAAAUUCUGAAGCCCUCGGCAUUUGAUCAGAUUCCUGCAGUUGAACUGAGUUCGGCUCUGCCCGUAAAAGUUCCGCCUGCCGCCAUCCCCAUGGAUCUGGUUGUGGACGCGACCCUUGCACCGGACAUGAUACGCCACGAACAGAAGCUGCAGCAGGAGGUUUUGGCUCUCAAACACAAGCAGCAAGUGCAGCGGCAGCUUCUUAUCGCUGAAUUUCAGCGGCAACAUGAGCAGCUGUCGCGCCAGCAUGAGGCCCAGUUACAGGAGCACAUGAAGCACCAGCAGGAGCUUCUCGCUCUUAAACAUCAGCAGGAGCUCAUGGAGCACCAGAAGAAGAUGGAGCAGGAGCUGGAAAAACAGCAACGAGACCAAAAACUUCAGCUUCUCAAGAACAAAGAACGUGGGCAAGAAAGUGCAGUAGCGAGUACAGAAGUAAAGAUGCGCCUGCAGGAGUUUGUUCUGAAUAAGAAGAAAGCACUUGCUCAACGCAGUCUCAACCACUGCAUGUCCAACAAUCCAGGCUACUGGUGCAGGCAAACUCAUCACAGUUCUUUAGAUCAAAGUUCCCCGCCUCAGACCACCAUCAGCCCCUUUAACCAAUCUGCCAUGGGUGUCUGCGACUCAAAGAACGACUUUCCACUUCGUAAAACAGCGUCUGAACCAAACCUGAAGCUGCGCUCUCGUCUGAAGCAGAAGGUGACCGAGAGGAGGAGCAGCCCGCUUCUGCGGCGGAAAAACGGUCCCCUCAGCGCAGCGAAGAAACGUUCUCUGGAUCUUGCAGAUUCGGCAUGUAGCAGCGCACCUGGAUCUGGGCCGAGCUCCCCAAACAACAGCUCGCAGGGAAACUUGUGUGAGAACAGUGUCAACGCAGCCGUUUUGAGCGAGUCGUCUUUAACUCACAGGUUAUCUGGAUGUGAUGGGUCGCUGUACACGUCUCCUUCAUUACCCAACAUCACCCUGGGCCUCCCUGCCUCCACUGUCAACAGUCAGGACAGUGAAUGUUUGUCUGUGUCCAGUUUACCCAUAAGUGCUCCAUUCCUGGCCACCUCUCACAUUCCUUCAUAUCUUGGCAAUUCUGACACUGCAAAUACCCAUAAUGCACUGUUGCACCACAUGGUUCUUCUGGAGCAAUCUGCUCCACAAAGCCCUUUAGCUGCUGGUGUUGCAGCAGCUCCACUGCAGUCUCUACAGAAGCUGCGUCAACACAGACCGCUGGGCCGCACGCAGUCCGCUCCUCUUCCUCAGAGCUCUCAGGCUCUUCAACAGCUGGUGGUCCAACAGCAGCACCAGCAGUUCCUGGAGAAACACAAACAGCACUUCCAACAUCUCCACAUCAACAAGAUGUUGAGCAAACCUGAGAGUCAGCACCAGAGUCACCCCGAGGAGACUGAUGAAGAUCUACAGGAACAGCCAGAAACACAAACUCUUCCCAUGAAUAUCAGUGUUAAACAGGAAGAUCCUGAUCUCACAGACGAGCAGACGCAGGAGGGACAAGAAGUGCUUUUUAAACAGCAGGCUCUUCUGUUGGAGCAGCAGAGGAUUCAUCAGCUGAGGAACUAUCAGGCAUCAGUGGAGGCAGCAGGUGUGUCAGUCGUUUUCCCAGGGCCCCGCCCCCUCUCCAGGGCCCAAUCAUCACCUGAAUCUGCUUCAUUUAUCAGUGUACAGGAACAGCCUUCCAAAAAUCCUUUAACCACAGGUCUGGUGUACGAUUCCCUUAUGCAGAAACACCAGUGCAUGUGUGGUAACACAAACGUACACCCCGAACACGCCGGCCGUAUUCAGAGCAUUUGGUCUCGUCUGCAGGAGACAGGCCUGCGCAGUCGGUGUGAGUGUAUUCGUGGAAGAAAAGCCACAUUAGAGGAGCUACAAACAGUUCAUUCUGAGGCACAUGUCAUGCUGUACGGGACCAACCCACUGCGACAAAAACUGGACAGUUCUGUCAUAUCCAUGUUUGUCAGGUUGCCAUGUGGCGGUAUUGGGGUGGACAGCGACACCGUCUGGAAUGAAGUUCACUCUGCGAGCGCAGCGCGUCUGGCCGUCGGCUCCGUAGUUGAGCUCGUCUUUAAAGUCGCGUCGGGAGAGCUGAAGAACGGUUUCGCUGUGGUCCGGCCUCCAGGACACCAUGCGGAGGAGAGCACGCCGAUGGGCUUUUGUUACUUUAACUCCAUUGCCAUAGCGGCUAAACUCCUGCAACAAAGACUAAAUGUCAACAAAAUUCUUAUUGUUGAUUGGGAUGUUCAUCAUGGCAAUGGAACUCAGCAAGCGUUUUACAAUGAUCCUAAUGUUCUUUACAUUUCGCUUCAUCGUUACGACGAUGGGAAUUUCUUCCCAGGCAGCGGUGCUCCCGAAGAGGUGGGCAGUGGACUAGGAGUCGGUUUCAACAUUAAUAUGGCGUUUACCGGGGGGUUGGAUCCACCAAUGGGUGAUGCUGAAUAUCUGGCUGCUUUUAGGACAGUGGUUAUGCCAAUCUCAAAUGAGUUUGCCCCGGAUAUAGUUCUGGUAUCGGCAGGUUUUGACGCUGUGGACGGACACCCUCCUCCCCUGGGGGGUUAUAAACUGACCUCCAAAUGUUUGGGAUACCUGACUAAACAGCUGAUGGGAUUGGCUGGGGGUCGUGUGGUGCUGGCACUGGAAGGAGGUCAUGACCUUAAGGCCAUAUGCGAUGCUUCAGAGGCUUGCGUGUCUGCGCUGCUGGGAAUUGAGCUAGAGCCGCUUUCAUCUGAGGUUCUGAUGCAGAGACCCAAUGAGAACGCUGUAAGCUCCAUAGAGAAAGUUCUAGAAACUCACAGCAAGUACUGGAGGUCGGUGCAACCGUUCAUCUCCAGUGUUAGCUUCUCUCUGAAGGAAGCUCAGAGGGGAGAAUCUGAGGAAAAUGAAACUGUGACAGCGAUGGCAUCGUUGUCUGUGGCCGUCAUGGAGAAAAGAACUGAAGAUGAACCCAUGGAGGAGGAGCCGCCCAUGUAAAAUGGGUCUCGCUUCUAUUUGGCUUUGCCUCAUGGAGACCACUGCUCAGGAUGUCUGUGAGCGACAAGAGUAAUGUCAGGGCAUGAAGCCUAACUCUCAAUGUUAGUGCUGUAGCCCACUAGCAUUCUGGCCCCAAUGCAACACGUUGAAGAUGAAGAGAUCUGAGAUGUUUGUUUUUGGAGACCUCUGUCCUGUUGGCCCUGCUGUGCAAACAUCGAGGACCGCUCAAAUAAGCCACAAGAUAAUUCAGAGAGAUGAGGGUGAAUAGAUGAGUAUAUGAAGAAGGAAGGGUUCCACUAAUCCUCAUCAGGUCCUGGAAACGUUUGUUUUGUAAAGACACUAGGCAUUUUCCAUCUGCUCAUAAACUGGUGUGAGGGAUUGCGGGACCUCAGCCCUUCUUUACGGAUGUCUUGGCAUUUCUGAGCAAGUGAAUGCCAUCAUACGUUUGGAGGAACUUUGCGUUAAGUCAAUACUGUCAAAACUCAAUACCCAUAAUUCCAGUGGAUGGGCGACUGAAGAGGAGUUUGUGAUUGAGCGAACAUCAAUUCUGCAUGAAGACUGACUGUAGUGUGAACCAUUUCCAUUACUCUCUGUGUCUAUUGAGCUAUGUAAACGCUUCAGAAAAGCAUCCUGUCUCUGGUAAUGCUUAAGAGUCUCAACAUCACUUGUGUAGCUUCAUAUUAAAAAAGUGCAGGUGUUUAUUUUCAGCCUGAUUCAUUACCUGGAAUGCACAUUGCAAGGAAAAGCUACAAAUGAGGUGUUGUCACAUGUGUGAAAUGAAGAAAACUCACAUAAAAUAGUUUGACCAAAAGCAUGAGUUUGCAUCUUGUGUUGCACAUUUUUCUAACCCUGUCUGUCAAAUUAGCAUUUGCUUAAACUAAACCACAAUUGUAUGUUUAAAGUUUUGGCACUAUUUUUAAACAUAGUCCAUUGCUGUUGGAUCUUACAUAGGAACGUUUUUUACAGGAUUGAUCAAAAGACCAAAUCAGCUUCUCGUGUUUGUAACCCUUAUGACACUGUAAUAACAGCAAGAGGGUGUGAAUGUGAAACUGCUACAUGAUAAUGUUGUGGACCUCUUAGCAUGAAGAGGAAAUUGUACACAAAAUUAAUACCACUUGAAUGUUGAAUUAGUUUCAUCAAACUGUUGCUCUAAAAUAAACCUUGGCUCUUCACAACAUUUUAA